GCCCGGCGGAGCCGGAGCUGCGCAGCCGGGGCCGCCAUGAGCCAGGAGCGGCUGCGGAGGGUCCGCGACCGCGUCCGGCCCUUCCCCGACUUCCCGGAGCCCGGCGUGCUGUUCCGCGAUAUCAGCCCCUUGCUGAAGGAUCCCGUGGCGUUCAGGACUUUGAUUGAUCUUCUGGAGGAUCAUGUGAGGGCGUCUUUCCCUAAAAUCGACUUCAUUGUGGGCCUGGACUCCCGUGGGUUCCUCAUCGGGCCCCCCCUGGCACAGAGGUUGGGGAUCGGCUUCGUGCCCGUGCGGAAAAAGGGGAAACUCCCCGGUGCCACUGAGUCCAUCUCCUACAGCCUGGAAUAUGGCAAGGCUGAACUGGAAAUCCAGAGCGAUGCUGUGGAGCCAGGACAGAAAGUGGUGAUUGUGGAUGAUUUGCUGGCAACUGGAGGUACCAUGUGUGCUGCCUGCGAGCUGCUGAAGAGGCUGAAGGCUGAAAUCCUGGAGUGCCUGGUGAUCAUAGAGUUAAAAUCCCUGAAAGGGCUGGAAAAGCUCAAUUCCAUCCCUUUCUACUCCCUGUUGCAGUAUGACUGAGGAGGAGCAGAGGGAGAAGGGAGCACUGGGAACAAAUCUGGGGCUUUAUUUAGUGACUCUGGAUGUCACAAGGGGGUGGGUGAGGGGGUUAAAUACAGGUUUUGGGCAUGGCCAGAUGCUCUUCAAUCCUAGAUUUCCCAAGCACCAUGUUGAGUGUAAUGAUCCCUUUUGGAGUUCAUCCUAUGGGGAAGAAGGAACAGGCUGAUUGAUUGGGGGUGUGGAGACCAAGAUGCAGCUUCACUGAAUCUGUGGUUAUUAGGAGACCAAAGUGACAACAUUGCUGCUGAGGCAGGAGAGCUCUGACAGGGCACCAGCAUUCCCUGAGCUGGGCCUGUCAGCCUCCCAGGAACCUGCUGAGAAAUUCCCAAAGAAACACAGGAAACAGGCAAAAAGGAAUUAUUUCUGUAAGGGAUAAAUCCUGCUGUAUUUGGCCUCAGGGAAUGGUCUGGAUGCUCCGUGCUGUCACACCAGAACAAGUUGCUCUUACACCAGGGUUUGUUGAGGAGAAUGAAGUGCCUGGUGUGUCCUUAAACCAGGAUGGUGCUGCUGUGGGAUGAGCUCAGUCAGUGUUUUCCUUCCCUGGAGACCACAGACACCUUUUGUUCAGCACCAAUUCCCCGUCUCCUGCACACAUCCCACUCCCUGUGCUGCUCUGUCCCUGUGCUGGGGUGCUGUGCCAGUUCAGAGCCUGCUCUUGGUGGGAGUUGGGUGUCAGGGGAGGCCACAGGAAAGGUGUUGCAGUGAUCUCAGGUGUGUGAUGGAUGAUGAGGCUCUGGAGAUGCUUCCUCCGGCACGGUUCAGUUUGGUCACAGCUAAAUCCCUGUGUGCCAAAACUUCCCAAAGUCUGAAAACAUCAGGGACUGGCCCAGCAGGGACUGGACUCACGGGUAAAAUAAAUAUUGAUGUCUUUUUAUGUUUCCUAAA